AUGGAAGUUUCUGUAGAGACCACCUUCCAACAGGAAAGGCUGCAGGCCAUUGUGGAGAAAAGAAAGAGGCAAAGCAAAAUUGAGAAAAAACGGCAGCAAUUGGAAGAUGAUAGGCGGCAGCUGCAGCAUUUAAGGUCCAAGGCCCUUCAGGAGAGAUGGCUGCUAGAGGGGGGCCCCUCCACCAAUUCCCAGGAGGAUGAGGUGAUGAAGAAGCAGAUGCAAGAUGAUGAACAGAAAAUCAAACAGUUGGAGGAUUCUAUCCUGAGGUUGGAGACUGAGCUAGAGAUCCUGGAGACGGGUGACUUGGUCCCAGCUACCAGAGAGAAUGUGGUGGUGUCAGCCCAGGCCCCGGCCCCAAACCCCGUGAAGAAAGAGAAGAUUAUUAAUUCCCAGAAGGCCCCAGUAGCCUCACCCAGAGAGAAGAAGGUCACCAGCAGCCCCAUGAAGAUGGUGGAAGGCACCGAGAUGAUGAAGGCAGCCAUGUACUUUGUGGAGACAACUGUGGAAAAGGAUAGGGUGACUGGAGAGACCAAAGUUCUGUUCAGCACCACCCUGCCCCGUCAGGAGCCCUUUCUGCAGGGGAUGAAGGUGUAUGAGGACCAAAUGAAAGUGGUCCAUGCAGUGGAUGCCACCACAGAGAAUGGUAUUCACCAGUUGAGGGAAGUUGGAGUGAAGGAGAAAAAGAGUGAAAAUGAGAGAAAACUGGAGCUAAGGCAAGAAGCUAUUCACAAAGCAGAUGAGGUGAUGCUGAGUGAAGUGAUGGUGACAGCAGCCCCUGAGGCCCGAGGGACCCCUGAGGUGGCCACGUCCAUGCCCCAGCAGGAGAUUACCAGAAUCCAGGCACAGCCAGGUGAGUCCUCGGGCACUGAGGCAAGCCAGGAACAGUCAGUCUCCAUGAUCUUCAUGAGCUACCAGAAGGUGGAAGAUGAGACUGCCAAGACCAAGAAAGUCCUGGGCUUACAGCACACCAUCAAGGCCGAGCUAGAUGUGACUGGGAGUGCCCAGGAACCAUCAGCCACUGCCACCACCACUGCCCCAGACACCAAGGAAGAGAACCAGUUUGGGGAGAAGGCCGGCCUCCGAACCCUGCCAGUAGAUGUCACAGCCAGCGCAGACAAAGACCUGGAGAUGAAGAAACAGCGUUGUCAAUGUUGUUCUGUAAUGUGA